AUGGCGGAGCGGGUGCCGGAGCCCGAGGCGGAGGCGGAGGCGGGUGCAGGCGGGGACGCGGCGGCCGAAGAGGGCGCGGCGGGCCGCAAAGCACGGGGUCGACCGCGGCUCACGGAGUCCGACCGGGCCCGGCGGCGGCUCGAGUCCCGGAAGAAGUACGACGUGCGGCGCGUGUACCUGGGUGAGGCGCACGGACCCUGGGUGGACCUGAGGCGCCGCAGCGGCUGGAGCGACGCCAAGCUCGCCGCCUACCUCAUCUCGCUGGAGCGCGGCCAGAGAAGCGGCCGCCACGGGAAGCCUUGGGAGCAAGUCCCCAAAAAGCCAAAGCGGAAGAAAAGAAGGCGACGCAAUGUUAACUGCCUGAAGAAUGUGGUGAUCUGGUACGAGGACCACAAGCACCGCUGCCCAUAUGAGCCACACCUCACGGAGCUGGACCCAACCUUUGGCCUAUACACCACUGCUGUUUGGCAAUGCGAAGCCGGCCACCGCUACUUCCAGGAUCUGCACUCGCCCCUCAAGCCCAUCAGUGAUUCAGAGCCUGACAGUGACAAAGUGGGCAAUGGCCUGGCUGCUGGGAGCUCCGACUCAUCCAGCUCUGGCUCUUGCUCUGACUCCGAGGAGCCUCCAGAGACCCAUCCGGGCAAAGCCUCAGUGGCAGUGGCAGCAGCAGUCACUCCUACCAGCCCUGCAGGCAGCAGCGGGCUCAUCACUCAGGAUGGCGUACACAUUCCAUUUGAAGUCCACCACGUGGAAAACUUGGCUGAGCAGGGCACCCCACUGUGUCCCAACCCCACCAGCAGUGGGCCUGAGGCUCUGGAGACGGUGGUGUGUGUGCCAGUACCUGUGCAAGUGGGUACAGGCCCUGGAACCCUCUUUGAGAACAUGCCCCAAGAGGCACUGGGUGAGGUGGUGGCCAGCUGCCCUGUGUCAGGCAUGGUGCCUGGCUCCCAGGUCAUCAUCAUUGCUGGCCCUGGCUAUGACGCCCUUACAGCUGAGGGCAUCCACCUCAAUGUGGCCCCAGGCAGCAGCACCCCCAACAGUGGCCUGGGUGAAGAGGUGCCUUGUGCCAUGAUGGAGGGUGUGGCAGCCUAUACACAGAUGGAGACUGAAGGCAGCCAACCCAGUACCAUGGAUACCACCUCCAUAGCUGGCAUGGAGACCAAGAAAGAGAAGGAGGACCUGUACAUGCUAAAGAAGGAGGAGCCCAUGGCCCCAGAGCUGGCUGCCACGGUGCCUGAGAGCACCGGGCCUGAGGCAGAGGCAGAUGCAGAGCUGGAGGGCAGCGACAUGUCAGCUAUCAUCUAUGAGAUCCCCAAGGAGCCCGAGAAGUGGGUGCCAUGGAGGCGGCGGAGCAAGCGAUCACGAGUGAUGGAUGCCGACGGCCUGCUUGAGAUGUUCCACUGUCCCUACGAGGGCUGCAGCCAGGUGUAUGUUGCCUUGAGCAGUUUCCAGAACCACGUCAACCUUGUUCACCGGAAAGGGAAGACCAAAGUGUGCCCUCACCCUGGCUGUGGCAAGAAGUUCUAUUUAUCCAACCACCUGCGGCGGCACAUGAUCAUCCAUUCAGGUGUCCGCGAGUUCACCUGUGAGACUUGCGGCAAGUCUUUCAAGAGGAAGAACCACCUGGAGGUGCAUAGGCGCACGCACACCGGGGAGACGCCCCUGCAGUGCGAGAUCUGUGGCUACCAGUGCCGGCAGCGCGCAUCGCUCAACUGGCACAUGAAGAAGCACACGGCCGAGGUGCAGUACAACUUCACAUGCGAGCGCUGCGGAAAGCGCUUCGAGAAACUGGACAGCGUCAAGUUCCACACGCUCAAAAGCCACCCGGACCAUAAGCCCACCUGAACCUGCCCCAGCCACUGACCUUUUCUAUUUAUUCGUCCAGUCGGACAUAACCCUGCCCGGGCUUAUCGAGGUCCGGGCGGCCACGGAGGCUGCCCGGACCGCAGUCCGGAAUGAGGCGGCUCCAUCGCCACUAUGUCCCAGAGCUGGGGGACCCCCUGUGAACAGUCGCCCUACCUUGCCCCAUCACAUCCCAUCUCUGGGGCUUCGUUGCUGAACUGUGUCGAGAACAGAGAGAUAUUAAAAUGUGAGCAAGGAGA